GAUCUUUGCCCCCGCCCCGGGCUCCGCGCCUCUCGGAGAGGCAUCAGCAGGCGGGCGGCGUUGCCUUUGUGUGUUUCGCUUCGAGGUGCCAGAGACCCUCCCCACAGUCGUCCGCCGCGUCCCCUAGCGGCCCUCGGCCCCUCCUCUCGGCGUCCCCAGCCCCCCUGCUCAGCUCCGCGUGCCAUUUCGGGGAUCGCUGGUUCGCUCCCCACGGCGCCAGGAGGAGGGGCGAGGGCCGGCAGCCCCCUCUCCCGCGCGCGGCGCAGGAGCCGAGCCCAGCCCGGGGGACCCGCCGCCGCCGGUCAUGUGGGCCGGACUGCUCCUUCGGGCCGCCUGUGUCGCGCUCCUGCUGCCGGGGGCACCAGCCCGAGGCUACACCGGGAGGAAACCGCCCGGGCACUUCGCGGCCGAGAGACGCCGGCUGGGCCCCCACGUCUGCCUCUCUGGGUUCGGGAGUGGCUGCUGCCCUGGCUGGGCCCCCUCUAUGGGUGGUGGGCACUGCACCCUGCCCCUCUGCUCCUUCGGCUGUGGGAGUGGCAUCUGCAUCGCUCCCAAUGUCUGCUCCUGCCAGGAUGGAGAGCAAGGGGCCACCUGCCCAGAAACCCAUAGACCAUGUGGGGAGUACGGCUGUGACCUUACCUGCAACCAUGGAGGCUGUCAGGAGGUGGCCCGAGUGUGCCCCGUGGGCUUCUCGAUGACGGAGACAGCUGUUGGCAUCAGGUGUACAGACAUUGACGAAUGUGUAACCUCCUCCUGUGAGGGACAUUGUGUGAACACAGAAGGUGGGUUUGUGUGCGAGUGUGGGCCGGGCAUGCAGCUGUCUGCCGACCGCCACAGCUGCCAAGACACUGACGAAUGCCUAGGGACUCCCUGUCAGCAGAGAUGUAAAAACAGCAUUGGCAGCUACAAGUGUUCCUGUCGAACUGGCUUCCACCUUCAUGGCAACCGGCACUCCUGUGUAGAUGUAAACGAGUGUCGGAGGCCAUUGGAGAGGCGAGUCUGUCACCAUUCCUGCCACAACACCGUGGGCAGCUUCCUAUGCACAUGCCGACCUGGCUUCAGGCUCCGAGCUGACCGCGUGUCCUGUGAAGCUUUCCCGAAAGCCGUGCUGGCCCCAUCUGCCAUCCUGCAACCCCGGCAACACCCGUCCAAGUUGCUCCUGUUGCUUCCUGAGGCCGGCCGGCCUGCCCUGUCCCCAGGACAUAGCCCUCCUUCUGGGGCUCCAGGGCCCCCAGCUGGAGUCAGGACCACCCGCCUGCCAUCUCCCACCCCACGACUACCCACAUCCUCCCCUUCUGCCCCUGUGUGGCUGCUGUCCACCCUGAUGGCCACCCCAGUGCCUACUGCCUCCCUGCUGGGGAACCUCAGACCCCCCUCACUCCUUCAGGGGGAGGUGAUGGGGACCCCUUCCUCACCCAGGGGCCCUGAGUCCCCCCGGCUGGCAGCAGGGCCCUCUCCCUGCUGGCACCUGGGAGCCAUGCAUGAAUCAAGGAGUCGCUGGACAGAGCCUGGGUGUUCCCAGUGCUGGUGCGAGGACGGGAAGGUGACCUGUGAAAAGGUGAGGUGUGAAGCUGCUUGUUCCCACCCAAUUCCCUCCAGAGAUGGUGGGUGCUGCCCAUCAUGCACAGGCUGUUUUCACAGUGGUGUUGUCCGAGCUGAAGGGGAUGUGUUUUCACCUCCCAAUGAGAACUGCACCGUCUGUGUCUGUCUGGCUGGAAACGUGUCCUGCGUCUCUCCUGAGUGUCCUUCUGGCCCCUGUCAGACCCCCCCACAGUCGGAUUGCUGUACUUGUGUUCCAGUGAGAUGCUAUUUCCACGGCCGGUGGUACGCAGACGGGGCUGUGUUCAGUGGGGGUGGUGACGAGUGUACCACCUGUGUUUGCCAGAAUGGGGAGGUGGAGUGCUCCUUCAUGCCCUGCCCUGAGCUGGCCUGCCCCCGAGAAGAGUGGCGGCUGGGCCCUGGGCAGUGUUGCUUCACCUGCCAGGAGCCCACACCCUCGACAGGAUGCUCUCUUGACGACAACGGGGUUGAGUUUCCGAUUGGACAGAUCUGGUCGCCUGGUGACCCCUGUGAGUUAUGCAUCUGCCAGGCAGAUGGCUCGGUGAGCUGCAAGAGGACAGACUGUGUGGACUCCUGCCCUCACCCGAUCCGGAUCCCUGGACAGUGCUGCCCAGACUGUUCAGCAGGCUGCACCUACACAGGCAGAAUCUUCUAUAACAACGAGACCUUCCCGUCUGUGCUGGACCCAUGUCUGAGCUGCAUCUGCCUGCUGGGCUCAGUGGCCUGUUCCCCCGUGGACUGCCCCAUCACCUGUACCUACCCUUUCCACCCUGACGGAGAGUGCUGCCCCGUGUGCCGAGACUGCAACUAUGAGGGUAGAAAGGUGGCGAAUGGCCAGGUGUUCACCUUGGAUGAUGAACCCUGCACCUGGUGCAUGUGCCAGCUGGGAGAGGUGAGCUGUGAGAAGGUUCCCUGCCAGCGGGCCUGUGCCGACCCUGCCCUGCUUCCUGGGGACUGCUGCUCUUCCUGUCCAGAUUCCCUGUCUCCUCUGGAAGAAAAGCAGGGGCUCUCCCCUCACGGAAAUGUGACGUUCAGCAAAGCUGCUCGGAGCCUGCAUGGAGACACUGAGGCCCCUGUCAACUGUAGCUCCUGUCCUGGGCCCCCGACAGCAUCACCCUCGAGGCCGGUGCUUCAUCUCCUCCAGCUCCUUUUAAGAACGAACUUGAUGAAAACACAGACUUUACCCACAAGCCCGGCAGGAGCUCAUGGUCCACACUCACCCGCUUUGGGGCCAACAGGCACUUUCCCAGGGGAGCCUGGGGCCUCCCCUCGACUCUCACCAGGGCCUUCGACCCCUCCAGGAGCCCCCACUCUACCUCUAGCUUCCCCAGGGGCUCCUCAGCCACCUCCUGUGACUCCAGAGCGCUCGUUCUCAGCCUCUGGGGCCCAGAUAGCAUCCAGGUGGCCUCCUCUGCCUGCCACCCUCCUGACGGAAGCUUCAGCACUUUCCAUGAUGGACCCCAGCCCCUCGAAGACCCCCAUCACCCUCCUCGGGCCUCGCAUGCUUUCUCCCACCACCUCUAGACUCUCUACAGCCCUUGCAGCCACCACCCACCCUGGCCCCCAGCAGCCCCCAGUGGGGGCUUCUCGGGGGGAAGAGUCCACCAUGUAAGGAGGUCACUGUGUCCGGGAGACUCUGGAGAGAGGACACUCUGCCAGUGGCCCAGGGUGUGUGCAGGGCGGCUCCAAGGAUGAACCUGGUGGGGAUGCCUGGGCUCCCUCCUGCAGGGGCCCUGGUGAGGAUGGAAGACCCCCAAGGCUGGAUGUAACCUUGUUCCCAAGAAGUGUUUGGAAUGUGCUGUAAGAAUGGAGGAAGUGGUUUCCACUGUCAGCAUCCUCCCUGGACCGCGUGGCUGGCUCAUCUUUUGAGAAGGGUUGGGACUGCCAAGUUCUCCUGGAGGAAGAGUUGCGUCCGGCUGGGAUUCCACUCACUGGGACUGUACCGCCAGGUGUCAUGCGUCUCUCUGAGGUUUCCUGAUUAAAGGUUGUCUCGGUUUCCCCA